AUGCAGAUAGGUCUAGGAAUCGAUUUGGGGUCAACCGAAGUUCGUAUUGGAGCGUACAAUUUCGCUACCAAUGAAUUGGUUGCGGUUGGCUCGAAACCAGUACCAUAUUACACCCACGGAAACAAAAAAGUUACUCAGAGUACAGACGAGAUCAUAGAUGCCAUUGUUGAAUGUAUCGAGAUUCUUAACAUUGAUCUUUCGACGGUCAAAUCGUGUGGAGUCGCGGCUACCUGCUCUCUGGCAUUAUUCGAUGACGACAUUACCCAAGGUUUAACACCUCAUAGCCUCUAUCAAAUUGAAUCAAAGCCAGUUCAAAACGUUGUGUUCUGGAUGGACGGCUCUGCCACAAACGAGGCCCAGGAACUCAAUGCACUGAACGGUGUCGAAAAACAGUACAUGGGAGGUGGGUUCAUCCCAGAGAUGGGUGUUACAAAACUGAUGGCCUUUUUGAAGACAUUGCCAUCUGACAGCUCUAAGACGUUCGAAGUUUUAGAUCUCCAUACCUUUAUUGCCUAUGAAUUGGCUCAAAGGUAUAGGUGGGAUGCAACACCGCUACUCAAUAGACCAAACAAAAAUGGUAUUGGCCAUGAUGGCGAAGUCAGAGGUUGGAAUGGUCAGUUUUAUAGGAACUCUGUCGAGUUGCCUAAUAACGUUAGGAUUGGACCCUCUAGAAUCAAUAAAAUGUGGAGCCCCGUUAAAGUAGCAAGCUGUAUCGAUUGUUAUGCAGGCUGGUUUGCUACGUGUUUGCCCAAACCCGACCAAACUUUGUUCAUGGCAGCAGGUACAUCCACCUGUUAUCUCUACGCCAAACCUAACGCUAAUAACUGUAUACCAGGUAUCUGGGGCCCAUUUACAGAUAUUAUAGAUGGGCCUACUGGUGACGUCUGGUCGGUUUACGAAGCAGGUCAAUCAACUACAGGAAAGCUCCUUGAACACCUUUUCAAGUCCCAUCCAGCCGCACAACGGCAUUUAGGCGAUAGAAGAUCGUUGUUUGAGGUGAUCGAACGUUCUAUUGAAGAAGCCGAGCGUCAAACAGGGGAGUCGAUCCACUUCUUGACCAAACAUAAGUUCACAUAUGGCGAAUUGCAGGGAAACAGAACACCUUUUUGUGAUCCAAAUAUGACAGGGAUGUUCAUCGGCGAAACUACAGAUAUUUCCCUACAAGAUCUUAUGUUAAAAUACGUCGCAACUCUUGAAUUUCUAGCUUUUCAAGCAAAGCAAAUCAGAGACUGUUUUGGUUCGGACAUACAAAGCAUAAUGGUAUCGGGUAGUCAAGCCAAAAAUACCAGGCUGCUUUCUCUCAUUUCUUUGGUAAACGGUAAUAUUCCAGUAAAAAGGCCGACGACAAGCGCUGACUUGAUGGGAGUGAGAGGCGCGUAUCUUUUAGGCAAAUCAAGAUACGUCAAUGAAUGUUUGCAAAGCAUUGUAGCGGAGAGCUUUGAAGACACACAAAUCAUGGAUGUGGCAAUACUUCCUUCCCUUAAAAACAACGAUAGGGUUGUCAGGCUGCUAGCAGCAAAGUAUGAAGUAUAUCUAGACAUGGCCAAAGUUCAGCGGAAAUAUCGUUCAAUUGUUGACGCCCAACUGAAAUGA